CCGAGGACGGGGAAAUCACCUGCAGAGGGGAAGAGUAGAACAAGCAGCUCUUGGUCUUCUUGGCCGCCCAGGCUGAGGGUCUGCUCAGGAUGAAGGCGCUUCUGGCUGUCCUGCUGGCUGGCCUUGUGUGCGUGGAGCUAGCCCAGUCCUUGCGAUGCUACACCUGCAGAGAACCGACAGAUCUCUCUGAGUGCACCUCGAUCAGCAACUGCUCUGCGAACGACACUGCGUGCAAGACAACUGUGCAUUCUGUAGACUCUGGUUACCCCUUUUUCGGGAACAUCACCGUCUCCAAAUCCUGUGCUAAGACGUGCAUGCCCUCCGACCCGGAUGGAAUUGGGGAGUCCCACCCCGACUCGUGUUGUUACACCGACCUGUGCAAUACCGGCGGAGUGCCAGGGCUGACAGCCAAUGCCUUGGCAAUCACAGCUGCCGCUCUCUGGACCCUCCUGAGGGUCAUGCCGUAGUGCAGUGGGGGUCUCAGACAGAAGUCCUCCUGGCCAAGCUGCCCAGCACGUGGGACUGUUAGACACUUGAGGAAGAUAUUUCUCCAGUUAACUGUGGCUUCUUCAAUCAAUGCCGGGAAUUUAAUGGACCAUUGGAGAUUAAACCCACCCAGCUUUGAAACCCCGGGCCAUGCUCUGCUCCCAGCUGCUAAUCAAGGGGACAUGUUGCUUCGGCAUUGACUACAUCCUGCCGUUGCACCCCUCCAGGGAUGGGGACAUGGAAGAGACAUGGCCGUUCUGCAUAGCAGGAGUCGUCAGGCAACAGGGACUGUGCAGGGGUGGGCACUGUUCUGUGCUGGGGGGAGGGGAAAGAGCAGGACAGGGCCAUGGCAACUACACAAACUCACCAGCCAAUCCAUCCAUGUAGGGCCAUGCAGGGCUGGUGUCAUUUCAGCAGGGGAAAAUUCAGGGUGCCCCAGCCCAGUCUCACCUAAAGCCCGUUUUCUUGUGCAGGGAUCCAGCAUUUAACCCCAUUUGAUUUCUUCUUCGCAGCUCCCAAGCACUGCAAUCUUUCUGUACCAUAAAUAGCUUAACGUAGUGAUUCCCUGUUCUCUGGGGGCGUCAAUUUCCAUUUCCCAUUUUCUCAGGACGCUUUUAUUUUGAACCCCAGGAGGACUGUUUUCAAAUGCUGCUUAGGACAAUGAGCGAAAGGAGCUUGAGGGCUCAUCUGAGAGUUCCUCUAGGCUGCAAAUCCCACUGCCUGGCUCAAGAGAGAGGCCCUGAGUUGGAAGGGGCGGGGGGGGGGGGGUGUUGCAGAUCAGAAACGAGGCGCAGUAGCAGAGCUGCAGGUGCAGCUAGUAGGGAACCUGCCUGCCCUUUGCCUGAUGUGAACUAGUGGUCUCAGGCCUUUACUUUCAAUUGCACUAAAAUCCAGACAAGUUCCCAAUUGGCUUCAAACACCUGCCUCCCGCCCCCGCUCCCCAAAAUAAAAGGGAAAUGUGUUACUGGGCCAGAUCCAGUCUUUAUAGUCCAUUGAAGCAUGUCCUCUGCUGAGGAUCUGGCCCCCGGACGUUUGAGAAAUGUUUCUAAGGCACAUUUGCCCCAUCUCUGCAGUAAAACUAGACCCAGCGUAACCAGACCCAGUUCGGAAACGGCUUGUCAGGGAUUCCUAGCUCUGUCCCGUCUAGGGGCGAGAAUUUGAACUUUGCUCCGCUCUCAUUCCCAUGACAAAGACUUUGGCGUGUGAGCCACGCCGCUGAAAUCAACAGGAUGACUCACGUAAAUGAGGGAAGGAGGUCUGGGCAGCAGGCCCUGAAUUCCAGUUAUAAAUGUUUCACUUUGACUAGCCUUUCCUCUGAAUUACCUUCCCAUGUGGGAUAAGGUCCAGCUUCACUCCCAGGAACUCUGGCACAUGGAAACUGACCAGAAACCUGAUGAGCAAGAUGUCUGCUCUGUCCUCUGCUGCACGCUGCCUCUAGUUGGUCCUUGUACUUGGCCUGUCUAAGGCCCAUAUGUUUGGAGUUCCACAAGGGGGCACAGCACGAGCUUGUGGCGAGGGCAGAGGACUUGCCCUCUCAUCAUGGCUCUGCCACUGACUCCGUGUGCGACCCUGUUCAAGUCAUGGGUUCGUUGCUCCGUGCCUCAGUUUCCCCAGAUGUAACUGUGAUGGGUUGGAUCACAGAAACCCCCUUGGGAGCUGCCACCUAAUGUGCAAAGACU